UUUAAGACAGGAGAAUGUAGCAGUAUUUGGGAGUUGAACAAGAGACGUUUACCACUCAUGAGUCGGCUGGCAAACUGAGAUCCCCGAGCAAGCUCUGAAGUUUUUCUGAAUCAGACAAGUAAUCCUGAAGAAAAUGAAAGUUCUCGGGCUUUGUCUUCUUGCGGUUGUUCUCCUGCUUGGAUUGGUGGCGGUCACUUCGCAAGGGAUAUGGCAGCAGCCUGGUUAUUAUCCACCUGAACCGCCGCAGACACCAGGGCAGGGACCAGGAUACUUACCAGCUCAGCCUCCAGUCUACGGACCCGGGCAGGGAACCCCACCCCGGGUUCCAGGACAGGGAGCCCCACCCCACGGAGGCCCACCCCACGGAGCCCCACCUCCAGGAGCCCCAACCCAGAGGCCCGGUCCUGCAAUCCCUAAGCCGCCCAUCAACGUGAAGUUUCUGGUUCUUGGAGCAGGUGCAUCGGGACUCCAAGCCGCCCAGACCCUCAUCUCUAAGGGAGAGACUGACAUAUUGGUCCUGGAAGCCGCUGAGACGUAUGGUGGGCGGAUCCGCGAUGUACCCUUCGCUGGGGUGAGGGUAGAGGCGGGAGCGGACAGUCCCCGACCCAUGUCACAGUCUUUCGAUAGUUCAGUAAAAGGUCUAGGAGGAAGGAUGAGAGUACACAAACCCAACUGGCAAUCUAUGAAUAUGGUCAGCGAAGAGGGCGUCACCAACCUGUCCUCUGUCGCCUAUCAGACCCAUGCAUGGCCACGGAUCGCAUACACAGUAAGGGAGGGCUUGAAUCUAGCAGAGGAACUGUUGGAGUCGCAUGACUCAGACAUGUCGGUGAGGGCGGCCUUCCAAAGUCUUGGCUGGUUCCCGACAGCACCAUUGGAUAAGACGUUGGAGUGGUUGCACUUCGAUUACAAAUUGGGAGAUGUGCCAGGAGCAGCAUCUUUGAAAUCACAUCGCUUCGAUGCACCAGAGCUCAUCGUUCAGCGAGGACCCAACGCCAACCCGCACCUUCAUGUGACCGAACAGCGAGGGUUCAAGUCUUACUUCGAUGCCAACUUUCUCCUCAUGACAGACCCUGCCUCCAGAGACAAGAUUCUGUUCAACAAAGAAGUAGUGGAAGUCAACUACGGCAGUCCCGACCACGUCACUGUGACUUGCCGCGACGGGUCAGUCUACCAGGCCGAGUGGGUCAUCUGUACCUUCAGCCUGGGGGUGUUACAGCGACAAAUGGUCAAGUUUACUCCGGGAUUCCCGGGCUGGAAGACCCGAGAGCUGAACCGUUUCGUCAUGGGAGCUCACACCAAAGUCUUCAUGGAGUUUCCCAACACCUUCUGGGGAAGCAGGGAGUUCCUCUUGCGCGUGUCCGACAGACGGGGACACUUUCCGCUGUUCGUCGACCUUGGAACCAGGAUCCCAGAACUUCGUCGGAGUGACCGCCACGUCCUGAUGGCCGAAAUCAGCGGCGACGAAGCCCGUCGAAUCGACGCCCAAACCACCCAGGAAACAAGCCGUGAAAUGAUGCGAGUUCUCCGUAGGUUGUUCAAAUUCAGCAUCCCCGAACCCCUGGCCGUUCACGUCUCUGGCUGGAACAGUAAUCCCUUAACCAUGGGCUCACACAGUCUCUGGACCCCUGCUCUGAACAUCAACUGCUUCCAUAAGAUCCAAUCUCGGCUGGGCAGGCUGCUAUUUGCUGGGGAACAUACGAGUUUGUAUUUUAGUGGGCACAUCCAGGGGGCGUUGGAGAGCGGGGAGAGGGAGGGGAACAACGCCUACCUGUGCAGCACCGGGGGCACCUGUCCGGCGUGGUCUGAGGGUGUGUCUUGUGCUUGUUCUGGCACGCCACCUCCGCAGUUUAGCAGCGCAUCUCGGGCUAAGCCUAAGAUGCUGAAAUUAGGAUUGGGUUUUGCUGUGAUGGUAUCAGCAGUUAUUAGGCUUCUGAACGUUUAGAAGCCUGCUUAAGGAAAAUAAUGGAACCUCCACCCCUGCAAUGGUUUGGAUUUUUGCUGACCCAGAGGGUCAGCUUUGUGGCAUCUUUGUAGCUAUCUGACUGACUGACUGACUGACUGACUCCCCGUGAGCAAUUCACAUAGGAUUACCCCUUGUGAAGACCACAUGUAUGAAGAGACUUCCAUUGAAUAGCCAUUCUGAACCACUGAAAUAUAAUUUUGUGUGCCCUGUGACCAGCUUUACUAUAUAGGCUUGCCUUGUGUUGUUUUCAUAGUCAUGCUUCAGAGCCAUUAUGUAUGUUUAUUCAGAUUUUGCAUUAAUGUAAUGAAUAUAUCACUUUUUAUGCAAAGUAUGUAUAUAAAUGCAAUAUUCAAUUGAAUUGAAUUAGGGCGGUCAAACCUCAAACGCCCAUGAAAUCAAAUUCAUAGAAUUUCUAAGCACACAAAAUAAUUCGCAAAUUACAAUUUGAUACGCUUAUUAUAGCAUGUAAAUGGCUGAAUAUUACAAAGUUUUGUGUUAUUAUAUUAAUGGUGAUUAUUUACACGGGCUAAUAACUAUCAUAUCUUAAUUUACAUAAUGCGAUUAUGAACAUUAAUGAAAUCGAAUUUAUGGUCAUUUUGUUUUAAUAAAUGAAAUUUAUAUUGUGUAAAUAAUGAUAAUUUUUAUUAAACUGUAAAAAUUGAUGUGUAUGUCGAGUCUAAAUAUUCAGUGACUUUUGUGGUGACAGGGCGCCCUCGAUACAAAGCUGAUUUCAAACUGAGUGUUUGGUGCGCGUGACGGGUAGGGCGCCCCCAAUAAUAAACAAAGAUUUUGUUUUGUCAAUUCAAGAUUUGCAAUAUUAAGGCUCUCAUGUGUCAACGAAAUUGAAAACCUUGCAUUCGUUAUUUCAAAGGGUCAAAUAUGAUAACCUUUUAAAGGAAAUAUUUUAAACAAGAAAGGACACAGUAAUGUAAUAAGUUG